UUCACUCUGUCUCUCUCCCACUCUCUGUCUGCUUCUCAUUCUGCCUCCAACAAUGGCGUUUCCCUUCUCACUCACCCUCCGUAUCUUCUUCUUCGCCAUCCUCCAUUUCUGUAACUCACUAAGCUCCUCACAAGAUUACCUCAAGCUUCCUCUUCUCCACAAGAACUCUCUCUCCUCUCCUGCUCAACUUCUCUCCUCCGACACCCACCGUCUUUCCGUUCUCUUCUCCACCCUCCACGGCCGUCGCAACAGCGUUAAGUCUCCCCUUAUCUCCGGCGCCUCCACCGGCUCUGGCCAGUACUUCGUCAAUCUCCGAAUCGGGUCCCCACCGCAGAGCCUCCUUCUCGUCGCCGAUACUGGCAGCGAUCUUGUUUGGGUGAAGUGCUCCGCCUGCAGAAACUGCUCCCAUCACCGUCCAGGAUCCGCGUUCCUCGUUCGCCAUUCUUCCACAUUCUCGCCUCACCAUUGCUACGAUCAGGCCUGCCGGCUCGUUCCCCACCCGAAACCUAGUUUUCCCUGCAACCGUACGAUACUACACAGUCCGUGUCGAUAUGAGUAUUCUUACGCUGACGGGUCGACAACGAGCGGUUUCUUCUCGAGGGAAACGACGACUUUGAACACCAGCUCUGGGAGAGAAGCGAAGCUCCGAGAUCUCGCUUUUGGGUGCGGUUUUCGGAUUUCCGGCCCGGGUGUCACUGGUGCGAGCUUCAAUGGAGCUCAAGGGGUCAUGGGUUUGGGAAGAGGCUCUAUCUCCUUCGCUUCACAGUUAGGUCAUCGGUUCGGGAACAAGUUCUCUUAUUGUCUACUCGACUACACCAUAUCCCCGCCUCCUACGAGCUACCUCACCAUCGGUGGCAGCGCUCAAAACGGCGCCGUUUCGAAAUCUUCCAGAAUGAGCUACACACCAUUACUGACCAACCCUCUCUCUCCAUCGUUCUACUACAUUGGCAUUAAGAGCGUCUCCGUUAACGGCGCGAAAUUACCAAUCAACCCUUCUGUAUGGUCCAUCGACGAACUCGGUAACGGCGGAACGGUCAUUGACUCCGGCACGACAUUAAGCUUCCUAGCUGAGCCUGCUUACCGCCAAGUUUUAGAGGCGUUCCGACGGCGGCUCAGGCUUCCGAUAGUAUCGAUGGAGUCGAAGUUGAGCUUCGAUCUCUGCGUGAACGUCUCCGGCGUGCGGAGGCCGAACUUGCCGAAGCUGAGCUUCAGGCUGAAGGGAAGGUCGGUGCUGUCACCACCGUCGAGAAACUACUUCCUGGAGUUGGCGGAUCGGGUCAUGUGCCUGGCAUUGCAACCCGUCAAAACUGGGUCCGGGUUUUCAGUGAUAGGGAAUCUGAUGCAACAAGGAUUCUUGUUGGAUUUCGACAAGGACAGAUCGCGACUGGGAUUCUCGCGCCAUGGCUGCGCAUCGCCGUGAUGUCAGCCGGGUCAAUCUCAAUUCACGGGUCAACCCGCUUCCUAUUUUUCCCCAAAAGAAAUAAUAGCUAUGAUUGCUUCAUAUAUUCUUAGUACUUACUUGUAGACAAUUUGGUAUAUCUUGCAUUAUUGUGACUGUGAAGAUGGGAAUCCUCAUUGAUAAAUGGUAAAAGGAUUAGAGUUUUGUUUGAUUUUUA